AUGUCCCGAGUGACAGCCGACCUUCAGGUGCUCCGUCUUGAGGAUGCGCUGUCCAAGAUGCGACGAAAGUACGACUUGGCAGUUGCUGGUCGACGAGAGAGUGAGGAAAAGGUGGAGGAGUUCCGUGGCAUGCUGGCCAAGGUCCGUAGUGAGGCCAAGAAUCGCCUGGACAAGGGCAAGGAUCACUCGGCGCUUAAGGAAGUGGCAGAGAAGAGAGAGACGGCUUUGAAGAACCUGAAGAACAAGGUCGGCCAUCUCGAGGCACAGGCUAUGACGGCUCUCGCUGCAAACGAGGCUCGUGAUGCUGACAUCAGGCUGUUGAUGGAGCAGUAUGCCACAGAGAAGCAGUCGUGGGUGGCAGAGGUCGCCAUGCUCCGCGAGUACAUCGAGAAGGAUCAAAAGAUGCGCGAGCACAUCUACAACCGCAACAUGCGCGUCGCUGAGCAGGUCGAUGGCGCUGGGCCGGGUGGGCCGCGUGCGGCUGGCGCUCAGUCCGGCGUUGGCAAGGGGACCGUCAAGGAGCAGCUCGAGCUGCACAAGUGGAAGCAGGGCGUGAAGGACGUCUCGCACAUGAACACCAUUGAUCGUGCUCUCGAGCGCAUCAAGACCAUCAUGUGCGUCGACGACCUCGACGAGGCUGUCGCCAAGUUUGUCGCCGCUGAGGAGACGCAGGACCACUUUCUCAACGCCAUCAACGAGCUCCACGCCCGCAAGUCCGAGAUCGAGCAGACCAACGAGGCUCUUCGCGAGCAGCUCAACACUAUUCAAACGGCAGACUACCUCGGCAAGUCGGAUCACAAGCGGACAAAGGUGCUCGAGACAAAGCUGUACCAGGCCGAGGUUGUCCGCGAGAAGCUCCUCCAUGACCACAUGGCGCUCAAGAAGCUGUUCAACCAGGUCAUGCAGGGCAUCUCGGAGCUGUGCGCAAAGUCCGGCGCCAUCGGCAAGGGUGACGAGUACCUGUACAAGCAGGGCAUCGCCGAGUCCAACGUCAUGACCUACCUCGGACUCGUCGAGGAGCGCCUCCUCGACCUCAUCCACCACCCGGCCGUUGCCCGCGCCCAGCAGCAGGCCGUUAUCCAGGCUCAGGGCGGGUAUUCCAACUCGCUCAUGGGUUCCAUGGUCAUGGGCAACACCUUAUCGCCACGUCUUGGCUCUCCCUCGCGCCUCUCUAGUCGCCACUCGUUCGACGCCCAGUACGAAGCGCUCAUGACCACCUCGCCGCGUGGCAUCGACAGCACCGUGUUGGACGACUCGCUGCAGCUGAUUGACUCGGACGACUCGCUCAACGAGUUCAACUCGUCGCGGCGUGACUUUGCUAUCUCGCGCUCCGACCUUGGCGGCCGCGCCGCCUCCGCCUCUGCCGUCGUCCCGCUCACCCGUCGCGAGCUCAAGCGAUCUGCUGAGCAGCAGCUCCGCUCUGCCGCCCGCAAGAUGCCGUCGUCCAGCCGCGGCACCGCAGCAUCGGCCUCCAACAUCGCCUCCGGCCGAGCCACUCUCGCUGCCUCCUCCGCCGACGCGCCCAUCCGCGGCAAGCUCACUCCCACUCCCAACCAGCCCUUCCACAAGUCGUACUCGAUGGGCGCCGAGCUGCCCCCCAUCAACGAGACGAAGCAGCAGUCUGUCUCGCGUCUGUUGUCCUGA